GCGCAUCCGAAUCUUCGCUGUGACUCUUUCAGCCUCACACAUCUUGGCCACGUACCACAUUCAUGCUAACUCUCACUAAUAUCUUUCAAGUUUGAAGAAAACUUAGAAAAUUCGCCAUCUUGUUCAGUUCAACUUCUUGAUGACGGCUGCAUUCAGUGGCAACUUGCUCGACUCCUACCAUUUAGCACAAUCACCUCGAGGUCCUUUUGGACAAGCAUCGCCUCAAGUCGUAACCAGUGCCGCUUUAGCAUAUGCACCUACAAUGCACGGAAACUUUUCUAACUUUUCUCAAAUGUCUUCCGCUGGUAUGCCGUCUAUGAUUGCAGACCAUAGCGCUCUCAUGGAACUCUCGGAAGAGACUGCUCGUAAGAUCGCUACCAUGCAAGCAAAACUCAACAAGAAGCUAGGGCCAGAGUACAUCUCACAACGGCCUGGCCCUGGUGGUGGCCCGAAGUUGACUUACGCAGAAGGAUGGAAGAUUAUCAAUCUUGCAAAUGAGGUGUUCGGAUUCAAUGGCUGGAGCUCCAACGUCGUCAGCUUGACCACAGACUUUAUUGAUUAUCUGGAGGAGACGAAGAGGUAUAAUGUUGGCGUCACCGCCAUAGUUAGAGUCACUCUGAGGGACGGCGUGUUUCAUGAAGACAUUGGAUAUGGCAUGCUGGAGAAUGCUAAGAGUAAAGCCGCUGCUUUGGACAAAUGUAAGAAGGAGGCCGUUACAGACGCCAUCAAACGUUCCCUCCGAAACUUUGGCAACCUGCUUGGAAAUUGCUUAUAUGACAAGUCCUAUACUCAGGAAAUCGUGAAGAUCAAAGUACCGCCACCGAAAUUCAACAAAGAUGAACUCCAUCGCCGCCCAGAGUUUACUGAAACACCUCAAGCGGGACCCCAUAUUUCUGGUCCGAGUAGUAUCAAGUCUGAACAACAACAGCCUGCCGCUGAAUCUUCGAGAACAGGUCAAGCAUCAGCUGUACCUCCCCAUAUGCGCUCGAAUGCUAUGACCACACCGAACAAACCUCCCCCACAAGCCACUUCGUCCUCUUCGGCUGGCCCAUCAAGGUUUAACACGGGUUUGAGCACGCCUAUCACGCCUGCUAAUUUGCCAGGAGCAGGUCUUCAUCCUGUUGCAGGUUUGAGCAACCGAAGCAACAACACCAUAUCGAGACCCAACGCAGUUCCAACAGUUCCCAAGCCUCAGCCACCGCAACCUCAAGCGCUACCUCAACCUGCUUCAGACGAAAAACAUGUUACCUUCGCCGCGAGUCAAGACGAGUACGAUUUGGCUCCUGAAGACGACGCAUUUUUAGCUACCGUCGACUUAGGUGAAGGCGACGCUGGCAUUGGGGGCCACAUCGAUUUUGACGAAGGGUCUGGAGGAAUUGCCGUCGGUGAGGAUGACAGUUUCGAGGGAACUCGCCAUGUCUCAAAUCGAGGGGUUGCACAAACUGAUUGCCCACGCGAGUCAAGUCGUGGACCUGAUCGUAAACCUACCACGAAGCAGCCCCAACAGCAGCAGCAGCAACCUCCACAGCAACAACAGCGUCCGCCAAAUUCGAAUCAAGCCCAGCCGCAAAAGCCAGCGAAAUCCCGUGCUGAGUUACUUGAAGAAUACGAGCGUCAGGAAAAAGAGAAACGGCGACAAACCGCUGAGCAAGAACGUCGUCAUCAAGAACAGCAACAAAAGUCCUCGAGUGCAGAUGCUCCUGUGAAAUCUUUGUCCCCUUCACCUGCAAUGGGUGGAUUCCGGUUCCCUGGUGCAGGAUCAUCGAACAAUUCCAAUCCAAAUUCGAGUAGCAACAACAAGCCCGCCCCUCCAUUACAGCAGACCUCUCGAGUUGCUCCAUCCUCGGGAGCUGGUUCUGGGAUAGGUGUCAAGAGGACGGCUGAUAUGAUGCAAGGACAACCCGUGCAGCGAAGACCGGUGCAAGGUAUGGGUCUAGCUCAACAAGGCGCCGGAGCACCAGUUAGGAGGGAACCACUCGGUACAAUUGAACUCGGAGAGGGUGGCGAUGUGAAACGGCUUCGACGAUGAUCGAAACCAUAUGGUUCUCAGGGCUUUUGACGUUGAUCACUAUUCCAUGGAAGUUCUUGCACAAACUUGUAUCUAUAGGAUUUCUUGGGGCUUUCAAGUUCUAUCGAUUAUUGCAUUAUACCUGCAUCAUAUACCAUACCAGAUAAUCUUUGCUGCGCUGGAGGAUCUUGCGAAGGGUCAUUUGCACGUUACCCCCAUGUCGGACACAGACUACAAAGCUUGUUGGAUCAACAUAGCACUAGUG